GACAUUUCCAGUGACCUGUUAUCCCCCAUACGGGCCCUCGGCCAGCCUCCCGGUUGAGGCGACAGUGAGAGAUUCGGCCGUGCGAACAGAAACAGACGACAAAAUGUCGUGUUUCACCACCCACGAGGCGAAAGAGACCGAAGAAGACGACAAAAAGGUCUUCAAGAGACACAAGACGACUUUCUCGGAACCUAAAGAUGACAAGGACUGGAGAGAGAGGGAGCGAAAGAAGGAGAAAGAGAAGAGGAAAGUCUACCGAGACGAAGUAAACGAGCUCCAGGAGGAGGGUAAACAUGCGAUCGAUGACCCGUCCCUGUCUCCAGACCUCGCCGGGACCUUCAUCCUCGAUGAGGGUGAGGAGCGGUCCAUGAUUGAGCCGGCCUCCAGAGACGACCUCAAGUUUAAGGAGCUGCAGAAGGUGCUGAUUGAGUGGAUCAACGACACCCUUGUUGAGAACCGGAUCAUUGUGAAGGACAUCGAGGAGGAUCUGUUCGACGGCCAGAUUCUCGGCAAACUCAUCGAGAAACUAGCAGAUAUAAAGCUGGAGGUAGCGGAGGUUACCCAGUCUGAACAGGGUCAGAAACAGAAACUGAAGACGGUUCUGGACACGACAAACCGACUCCUGAACCUGCCGAGGUGGAACCAUCAGCAGAAAUGGAGCAUGGAGAUGGGGUGGCGGCAGGACAAAUGGAGUGCAGACAGUAUCCACUCCAAGAACAUCGUUGCCAUCAUCCACCUUCUGGUUGCACUGGCCCAACAUUUCCGCGCGCCGAUUCGCUUCCCCGAACACGUGUCCGUAAACGUGGUGGUCGUACAGCGGAGGGACGGACAGCUCGCGACGCGCAAGGUCGUGGAGGAACUCACUACCACUAACGACAUGAUGCAGGGCAAAUUUGAGCGUGAUGCCUUUGACACGUUGUUCGACCACGCUCCUGACAAACUCAACGUAGUGAAACGGUCUCUCAUCACCUUCGUCAACAAACACCUGAACAAGAUCAACCUGGAGGUCACUGACCUCGACACACAGUUUGCGGAUGGUGUGUACUUGGUGCUGUUGAUGGGUCUGCUGGAGGGAUACUUCGUGCCUCUCUACAGCUUCCACCUCACCCCGGACAGCUUCGACCAGAAGGUGCACAAUGUGCAGUUCUCUCUGGAGCUGAUGCAGGAUGGAGGCCUCCCCAAACCCAAGGCCAGGCCUGAGGAUAUCGUGAACCUUGACCUGAAGGCGACCUUGAGGGUUCUCUACAACCUCUUCACCAAGUACAAACACCUCAACUGAGCAUGCUCCGUGACCUUUUGAUGCAAACACCUCAACUGAGCAUGCUCCGUGACCUUUUGAUACAAACACCACAACUGAGCAUGCUCUGUGACCUUUUAACUACAAACACCACUACUGACCUUGACCAUGACCUUUCAGAUACUUUUUCUUUGUUAUCUUUUUUUAACUACAAUUUUUGUAUCAGUCACCAUAUUUAUACUGACUGUACAUGUAUCUGCAUUUAUACACACAUAACAAAAAAAUCAGAUCCCAAAAUGUAUUUGUCCUGAAAUUUUGACAGGCACUCCUUUAUGUUAUGUUGAGUGGUCAAACAGAAGAUCUUCAGUUUUCUUAUAUUUUAAAGAUUUUUUUUUCAAAGUGCCAAGGUUUUUUUUUAUGAGUGUCUUCCAAGCGGGAAAGGUAGUUUUGUGAGCACUAAAAAUCAUGGUGUCCUUCAGUCAAAUUUCAGAAAUUUCAAACAAUUUGACAGCAAGAUGUAAGAGUGAACGAUAGUAAGAAUGAUAUCCAAUUAAUUUUGAUAUGUAAUUUGUACAUAUAACUGUUACUGCUACCUAGAAGUGUAUAGCUAUAGCAACGCAAAGUAUAUUAUUUAUCAUAACCUUACAAGUAUCUAUCUGCAUAUGUAUUCUACUAGCUUUUAUAUUUAUUCCUACAAAAUGAUCCUAAAAUUUGGCAGUUUUGUAAUGUAGAGUUUUGUAGCUAAACAGAAAUCCUGUUUUCAGUGCUAGUGUAGACUUUUAUAAGUGUAAACAUUCCUCCCUAGAAUAAACAUUGCUUUUGUAACUGUUGUAUCUCGAAGCAUCAAAGUAAAAGAUAAAACACCA